CCACUGAACUCCAACCCCCGCGCUCUCUAUCAGCAUCUCAUUCCUGUCUCAAUAUGUCUCAAGAUGGCGGCCAAUGCAGGAUCGAUGUUUCAAUAUUGGAAGCGCUUUGACUUACAACAACUACAGAAAGAACUAGACGCCACCGCCACACAGCUUGCCAACAGACAGGACGAAAGUGAACAGUCCAGGAAGAAACUAAUUGACCUGAGCCGCGAGUUCAAGAAGAGCACACCAGAGGAUUUCCGGAAACAGGUUGCCCCUUUGCUCAAGAGCUUCCAAGGAGAGAUCGAUGCCUUGAGUAAGAGAAGUAAAGAAGCAGAGGCCGCCUUCUUGAACGUGUACAAGAAAAUAAUCGAUGUCCCAGAUCCUGUACCUGUGUUGGAGCUGGCUCAGCAGCUGCAGCUGAAGCUCCAGAGGAUGCACGACAUUGAGACGGAGAACACCAAACUUCGAGAGACACUGGAGGACUACAACAAAGAGUUUGCAGAGGUCAAAAACCAAGAGGUGACCAUUAAGGCCUUGAAGGAGAAGAUUCGGGAGUAUGAGCAGUCUCUGAAGAAUCAAGCGGAGAACCUGGCCCAAGAGAAGCAGCUCCAGCUACACAACGACUAUGCAGAGAAGGAGAGGAAACUCCAGGAGAGCCAGGACUCCAUGUCGUCAAGGUUGGAAGAGGCCGAACACAAGGCCCAGUCCCUACAGACAGCACUUGAAACAACUCAGGCCGAGCUCUUUGAUUUGAAGACCAAGUAUGACGAGGAAUCCACAGCAAAGGCCGAUGAGAUUGAGAUGGUGAUGACAGAUCUGGAAAGAGCCAAUCAGCGAGCAGAAGCAGCCCAGAGAGAGACGGAGUCGCUCAGAGAGCAGCUGUCCUUGAGUAACCAAUCCCAGCAGCUCGGCAGCCCUGCCAAGGCCGACCCCGACACGGAACAGCCGACGGAGGUGGCAUCCCACUCAAGUCUGGAGGCGGAGCUCAGGGCCAAAGAAAGGGAGACCGCCCAGCUGGUGGAGGACGUCCAGAGACUGCAGGCCAGCCUGACCAAACUCCGAGAGACCACCAGCUCCCAGAUCACACAGCUGGAGCAGCAGCUCAGCAGCAAGACUGCUGUUCUCAAGGAACUAGAGGAGAAACUGCAGAAGCAAGCUGACUAUGAGGAGGUGAAGAAGGAGUUGAGUAUCCUCAAGUCUAUGGAGUUUGGAACAUCUGAUUCUGUGCAGGACUCCUCCAAACCUCUGGAGGUGCUGUUGCUGGAGAGGAACCGUAGUCUUCAGUCUGAGAGCGCCGCUCUGCGCAUUGCCAACACUGAGCUCAGCGGGUCAGCCGGAAGAAAAGGGACGGAAGAGUCCACGCCGAAGGAGGAGACCAUGCCCAACGACCCCUCUCCCUCGCCCCCUCCUCCCCCUCCCUCUCUUCCUUCCUCCUCCCAGCUCCCCCUGUCUCGCACCCAUACGGACCACCUCAACACUGCUACCACCACCAGCAGCAGCGAAACGCACCCGUUCAGUCCUACGGGCAUUGGACAGGACUUCUACUCCCCUGUGUUCCCUCUGGUGGGUGGUAAGAUGGCUUUGAACUCCCUGAUCCAGCGGCAGCUGCUUCAGUCCUUUUACUCCAAAGCCUUGCAGGAGUCGUCUGGAAUCCCCAGUGGGGCUCUGCUGUUCACCCCCUUCACCCCAACCCUCAGCUCCAUCCCUACCUCCACUCCUGGCUCUGGGUCAGCUGCCAUCCCUCUGGCAGCAAGCAGCCCGCAGCCGCCUCCAGCCAGCCCAGACAUGGGUCCUGUUAACGGGAGCAGCACCGCUGGCAGUGCCCCAUCCCCGUCGCCCAGCCACUCUGACGCCACUACAGGAAGUAUUUUGGACGGGGAGGAUAUGGACACGGCAGAGAUUGCCCGACAGGUGAAAGAGCAGCUGAUAAAGCACAACAUUGGCCAGCGUGUGUUUGGCCACUAUGUGCUGGGACUGUCCCAGGGUUCGGUCAGUGAGAUCCUGGCAAGACCAAAGCCGUGGAACAAGCUAACCAUCCGGGGGAAGGAGCCCUUCCACAAGAUGAGGCAGUUCCUCGCCGAUGAGCAGAACAUCCUCGCGCUGCGCAGCAUCCAGGGACGCCAGAGAGAGGGCUCAGGCCAGCCCCAGCUUAGCCGAGUGUUUCAGGAUGUUCCGAAGCGGAGAGCCCUCUCCAAUACAGCUUCACACACAGGUAACAUUACCGCCCGCGUCCGCACCCCAGAGGCUGGUUCAGAUGAGGCUAUCAAGUCCAUUCUGGAGCAGGCCAAAAGAGAGCUGCAGGUGCAGAAAGCUGACUUGUCCCAUGCUCAACCAUCAUAUACAGGACUGAAAGGAGGAGGCGGAAUGGGAGGCGGAAUGGGAGGCGGAAUGGGAGGCGGAAUGGGAGGCGGUGGCAGCGGAUCAGAUGAGGCUAUCCGCUCCAUCCUAGAGCAAGCUCGCAGAGAGAUGGAGGCCCAACAGACUGCACUGGAGCCCAUCCUCAAAGCCUCAUCUUCGUCUUCCUCCUCUGCAUCACUAUCUCAGAGGGACUUCCUGAGCUCCUCGCUAACCGCUCCCCUUCCCCCUUACAACCCCCUGUCACUCUCUCUCAAGAAGCCUAGCAGCUCCCUCUUGUCCUCUCCCUCAUCCCCGUCUCCCAUCCUGGACUUCAGCUCCAGCGUAAAGAGAGAAGGCAGGGCUUCUUCAGGGAUUGACAUGUCUAUUGAUGGAGCUCUUAGGCUGGGUCGGAGCUCUGAGGGGUCGGCCCGCUCUGGAAGUUCUGGAGGAGUGGGUUACUGGAGAGAGCAAUGGUGGAGCAGCAUGCAUACAGACCCCCGCAGGGCCAUAUCCAACCAGACAGGAGAGGAGAACCACAACCAGGAGGACUCCAAAGAGGGAAUAUUGAGUGACAGUUUGUCUCGACACAAACCGUGGAACAAGUUGAACCAGAGGAGCAGAGAGCCAUACCUCCGCAUGCAGCCGUGGCUCAAUGGAGACCAGGGGCAAAACACACACAUCCAGCCAGCUCAGAAUCAAGCAGAGGGUACUCCCAAGACAUCAGCGAGCUGCAGCCCUGCUCCAGAGUCACCCCUCAGUUCAGCUGAGGAGUCUGUCAACGGUCUCACAGGGGAUCCACUCGCUUCACAGUCCUCCAGUCUCAAACCUGCUUCUGAGGAUCCCUCAGGUGGGGAGUCUCAGCCCGGUACCCCGCUGCCUCCUCCUGGUCAUUCGGGUCUCAGCAUCCAGGAAAUGGUCGCAAUGUCCCCUGAGCUUGAUACUUACGCCAUCACCAAGAAGGUUAAAGAGGUGCUGACGGAUAAUAACCUCGGCCAGCGUCUGUUUGGGGAGACUAUCCUGGGUCUGACUCAGGGUUCUGUCUCAGACCUGCUGGCCAGGCCCAAACCCUGGCACAAGCUCAGCCUGAAGGGCAGAGAGCCCUUCGUCCGCAUGCAGCUCUGGCUUCAGGACCCACACAGUGUGGAGAAACUCAUGGACAUGAAACGCCUGGAGAAGAAAGCUUACAUGAAGAGGCGGCUGAGCUCCUUGAGUGAUAGCCAUUCUGUCGACGUGGGUUUAGUGGGGCCUGAUUACAUCCAGGGCUCGCAGAGCCCGGGACAGCAGCACUUGAAGAAGGCCAGGGUGGUGUUGGGCCCCGAGGAGAAGGAGGCCCUGAAAAGGGCCUACCAGCAGAAGCCCUAUCCCUCCCCCAAAACCAUUGAGGAGCUGGCCUCCCAGCUCAACCUGAAGACCAGUACGGUCAUCAACUGGUUCCAUAAUUACAGGUCACGUAUCCGACGAGAGCUCUUCAUAGAGGAGAUCCAGGCAGCUGGAGGGUUAGGGCCUGGCAGUGAGGGGGGCUCCCCUUCCCUGCGCGGGUCCAAAUCAGGAGAGGGGGACAGCUGUGAUGGGACAGAAUCUGAGGGCACAGUGGAGACACGCCAGGGAGUGGGCAUUGGCCUGGAGGAUCACAGAGGAGCAUGCAAAGACGACAUGGAGGUCGAGUCUGAGGCAGGGGGCUCUAAUAACUCCCCUGACCAGCUAGACUGCACCACCUCAGGCUUUGCCGGGCCGGGCUCCAGCUGUGGACAGGGUGGACUAGGGCUCUUCAGCCUCACAGAGGCAUCCUCCAGUGGCUCUGCCUCUAGUACUAACAUCCCAGCCUCUGGCCCUGCCAGAAACCCCAGGGACAACAAUCUGCGCAAGAAGAAAGCAGCCAAUCUCAAUAACAUCAUCCACAGGCUGGAGAAGGCUGCUAGCAAAGAGGAUCCCUCAGAGUGGGAGUUCUAGCUCCCCCUGACCAUCCUUCAUCCCUCUUGUUUCAUAACCUCACAACCUCUAACCUUGGACCCCUCCUGCUCUGUUCCAGUUGGAGAGUGGACACAGCCAAAGUCAAGCUCAGCAGCCAUUUUUAUUACAUAAAAGCUUUCCCGAAAAGAGGAAAGAAAACAAAGAGUGGUUGGCAAAACCCUUAAAAAGAAGAUUAACUGAAUACCUAGAAGAACAAAAAUAAGAGAACUUAUGUGUCUCUCGUUUUUUUUUUUUUUUUUUUUUUUUAAACGGAGUUUUGUUUUUGUACUGAGAAAAGCACUUAGCCGUCCUGCUGGCCUCCGGCCCUGCUGUACCUCCCCCAAUCACCAGCCACUGGUGCACCAGACUGGUUAGUCCUGAGCUGGGGUCUGACCCACAGCUGGGGUUGAAACCUGGACUCCGUAACACAGGCAAGGCCUGACACAGCAGCUGUCACAGUGAUAGACACUGAUAGAUGAUAGAUAGAGACAGGAACUCUCUUACAAGAACUCUCACUUUCUUAAAGGAGAUUUUUUCCGCUCUUCUUCUCACCUCCCAAGUGUCCACAAACCUCCCCUCACUCAGUGAGAUGCCUCAUUUUUCACACUGUAGAGUGACUGUUACAAACCCUUUGCCUUUUUCACUCACUGCGUGUGUGUGUGUGUGUGUGUGUGUGUGUGUGUGUGUGUG